CAGGCCAUGAUGCAGCUGUACGUCCUCAAGCUGCUGAAAAUCCAGACCAAAUACCUGGGGCGCCAGUGGAGGAAGAGCAACAUGAAGACCAUGUCUGCCAUCUACCAGAAAGUGCGGCACCGCAUGAACGACGACUGGGCUUACGGCAACGACAUUGAUGCGAGACCCUGGGAUUUCCAAGCCGAGGAAUGCACCCUACGAGCCAACAUCGAAGCCUUCAACAGCCGGCGCUACGACAAGCCGCAGGACUCGGAGUUUGCGCCCGUGGACAACUGCUUGCAGAGCGUGCUGGGACAGCGGCUGGAGCUCCCCGAGGAUUUCCACUACUCCUACGAGCUGUGGCUGGAGAGGGAGGUGUUUUCCCAGCCCAUCCGCUGGGAAGAACUGCUACAUUACCAGUGAAAG